AUGGCAUCAAAAAAGCUCAUUCCACAAUUACUUUCAUGUCAAGCAUUAAAAGAUCUUCUUCAAAUUUCACCACAACCAGUUGCAGUACUCGAAGCAGAUCUCAGUAAGCAAAUUAAAGCUGACUUUGAUGCAGGCCAUAUUCCGACAGCUCAUUAUUUUGAUCAACUUGAAUAUACAACGCCAACAGCAUUCCUUCCGCGUGGUCUGCCUGAUGUAAAAAGUUUCGAAGAUCAUCUAACACGUUUAGGAAUUUCCAAUGAAGAUCAUAUUGUGUUGUAUGAUCGUUCACCAUCGGGAUUCUUUGCUGCUGGCCGUGCUUGGUUUUUAUUUAAAACCUAUGGUAUGGAAAAUUUGUCGAUUCUCAAUGGUGGCUAUCAUGCAUGGGUCAGAGAAACCAAUGAAAUUGCAACAUCGGAGACGAAAGUUUCGAAAGAUGAGACGAAAAAGUUUACUGUCAAAUUAAACGAACAAAUGAUAAGAUAUUUCGAUCAAAUGAUGUCAAAUCUUUCGUUGGACAUUCAUAGCGAUCAACGUGUACAAGUUGUUGAUGCAAGACCACCCAACCUAUUCAAUGGUACCGAGGCGGGCCAUAUGCCUAAUGCCUUACAUUUACCUUACGGAACCUUAUUCGAUCAAGCAAAUCAAUAUUUGAAAUCAAACGAACAACUCGCAGAAAUGUUUAAAAAAGCUGGUGUUGACCUAUCAAAACCAGCGAUUUAUACAUGUCAAGGUGGCAUCACAGCCAGUGUUUUGGCUUUUAUUGCUGAUUUACUCGGCCAAAAAGAACACGCUGUUUACAUGGGUGCGUUUAUCGAAUGGCAACAACGAGCACCAGCUGAUAAGAUCAUCAAAGGCGAUAUCAAACCAGCAGCUAAUUGA